AUGGCCACCAUAUCGAUCAGCGCGCCUGGCGCGAGCAACGGGUUCCUCUACAACAACGGCUCCAACAAUGCGCGGCUGUGCAUCACUUCUGAAACGGCAGAAUUCGACACGGAGAUAAUUCAAAGCUGGCAAGAUGAAGGAUUUGAUGUUCUCUAUAUACCCUAUAAUGGAGGUGGAAAGGAAUACGAGUCUCAGUUGAAGUCAGUCAAGGACGGACUGGGCGUAGGCGAGAACUACGCUGUGAUCGCGUUCGGGGACGCUGCCAAUUAUUGCCUUGACUAUUACCUCAAACCUAUCCACGCCGGCCGACUUUGCGCUCUUGUCGCAUACUAUCCGAGCAACAUCCCAGACACCCGGUCUCGAUUCCCAGCCUCGUUGCCGGUCCUCGUACAUCUGGCUGGAAAAAAGGUUGAUGUGACUACUGUUCCCACCGCGCUGGGUCUUCAAGGAAAGAAAAGGCGCAAGACUCGUCCCAUCAACCCGGGCAUUGGAACGGGAGAACGUCUAGAAUUGGCAUAUCCGGCAUACACCUAUGAUUAUGCUCAACCAGGGUUUGCGGAGGCCGAUUUGGAAGAGUAUGAUCACUUGGCAGCUGGCCUGGCUUGGACCCGUACUCUGCAUGUUCUGAGAAAAGGGUUCUCAAGAGAAGCAGACCUUGAGAAGCGAUGGGAGGACCACCAAGAAGCUAAAUUUUUUGCCUCCAACCUGUCCAAAACCAUGGAUGGCUACGUCAAGCAUAAAACCCCGACGGUUACUUUCACCUCGACCUUGAGUGGGGCAAUUGGGGCCCAGGCACUUAGACGCUUCUAUGAGCACCACUUCGUUGGAAAACUGCCACCAUCCAUGCGCCUUCGCUUGCUGUCGCGUACGACAGGAGCGGAUCGGGUUGUCGACGAGUUGUACGCAGGAUUUGAGCAUACUCAGGAAAUCCCAUGGAUGCUGCCAGGAGUACCUCCGACCAACCGGCGCGUGGAGAUUGUGCUGGUCAGCAUUGUCAGUAUGCGCGCAGGACGACUCUACUCGGAACAUGUCUACUGGGAUCAGGCCAGCGUAUUGGUGCAGGUCGGCCUUCUUGAUCCCAAACUGGUUCCUAAAACUGCCGUGGGGGUUGACCGACUCCCUGUCGUUGGCCGCGAAGCCGCUCGUCGGAUUCUGAAUGAAGAUCCGGAAGUUGAACAGGAAGACUAUCACAAUCGACUGAUUCGCCGUGCGCGUGCUCGUGCUAAACGUGAUCGCAGCUCGAGAUCGUCGCAGCUCAUGGAGGAAUCAGCUGCCGAACUUAGGAGUGAAGCCGAGGCGCCAUCGCUGCCAGGCCAAACGGGCAAGGGGAAGUCGGUGGUGCGGGAUCCCCGUCCUGCAGGGCCGGAGCGGACUGCGACAGAAACGACUGGGUAUGAAGAGUCGCAUGAGCAGGCUCCGGAAGACGAUGAGGGAUUCGCAACCGAAACUGAAUCUGGCGCACCAUCGAAAGCUGCUUAUGUUGAGGAUGGCGAUGGCGACAACGAUAGCCCGACUCAGCAAUGA